UACCAAGAUGCGUUUCACAAUAAUUUGCAUUUUCUGCCUGGCAGCUGGGAUCCUGGCUGUCGACAUGGAGUCGGAUUCCCUACAGGAGCAGUACGAAAAGGAACAAUACCUUAUACGCAAAAAGAUUUGCCUUCAAAGUUCGGAGUACGGAAAGUGCAGGGGCCGCCGGAAACUCUGGUUCUACAAUACCAAAAAAUCCAAUUGCCUUCCUUUCAUCUACUCCAAUUGUGGGGGCAAUGGUAACCUUUUCUAUACCAAGGACAGUUGCAUGGAGUAUUGUGGCAGACACAACUGGAAGAAGGCUCGAAAGUCAGGUCGUCUACGUAUAGCUGCUCCUAGAAGUAAAAAUGGAAAUUGAAUGGCUUUUUCUACGAUUAUUUACUUGAAUAUAAUAAAAAUCUAUAUACUAUUUAAUUGAAAUUACUGGUUCUUAAAGUCCUGUGUAGUUCAGACCACAUUUCCAUUAGCUGUAAAGAGUAUAAAUAACCAAUGAAAUAAAUUUCAGAGCACAUUUUGAAAUGGAACUGCCUAUAGAGUUAUUGUGCCUUUUGAGACUUUUUGUCUCAAUAGUUCAGAGUGCAAGAAAGCGGAAGGCUUUUUGUUACCUGCCCCACGAAUUGGGUAAAUGUGAAGGCCAUUGCGUUAUGUAGGCUUUUUCUAAUAGGCAACAAAUGUGCCUUCCAUUCGCUUUCUCCAGUUGUGGCGGUAAUGAAAAUCGCUUCUGUUCCAAGGAAAACUGUGCGAAAGCUUGCGCCCAAAUUCAAUCUCUAUUUCUUUACUGUAUAGUAUUUGAUGGAAAAUAUAAAUCUGUUUAUACAAGUGAUAAACCAACGAAGCUAUCAUCAUUUUAUUGGCUAUACUCACUUACAACUACCAACUUUCCUUUGGAAUGAAAUAGUCAUUUUCCUGUUAGGAAAACGAUUUUUUACCAAAGCUCACGGCGAAUUGCGACCAAAUUUUGUAGCUCGCCUUUCUCUCUCAUUGGUUAUUUUACUUGCAUGGACUAUACACUUUAAAAUUCUUUUUCAUUUAAUAAUAAAUAAUAAUUUAAAAAAAUUAAUUUUUUAUAAAAUA